UUUCUUUUUUCUUUUUCUUUUUUCUUUCUUCUUUUUUCUUUAUGUCACAGACCAACCCAACUGAACCUGACGAACUGACAAAUCAUUCAGACAGCAGUGACGAGAGCAGAACAGAAGGUAAUAACCGGGCUUGGUCCUCCAUAUCAACGUUCAUGACGUUGCUGGGUGCACGUAAUAACAAUCAACCACGCCAUAAAGAACAAGUAGACAAAAUAGACGAAGAAUUAUCAUGUCCCAUUUGUCAAGACAUCAUGAAAGAAGUGUAUGCUACUCACUGUGGUCAUUCUUUUUGUCAUGAGUGUAUUACACUUCAUCUAGAGAAUCAAUCCGAUUGUCCAAUCUGUAGAUCCAAAUUAACUAGAAAUGGUUUAUACCCAAAUUUUCAAUUGAAUAAGCUUGCUGAUUAUCGUUUGCGUACAUUGAAAGAAAACAUUCCUUUUUAUUCACAUAAAGAUUCUGUUGAAAAAAUCAUUCAAGAUAAUAGACAAGAUCCUUCAGCUAUUGCUAAAUCACUUGCAGAUUCAUUGCCUUCUGAAGACUUGGAAAAGAUAUUACAGGCUGCUAUAGAACAAAAGAAAAAGAUGGAAUUGGAUCAAGAUACUAUCAAACAACAUCUAUUAUGCGAAUUCUUGAAUCAACUCGAGAAAAAGAACAAGAUGGCUGUCAAUGAUCUUAUUUAUGAAAAUGCUUGUAUUACUUCAGACUUAAAAUCAUUGAUAAAUCAAGAAGAUACAACUUGUACUGGUUCUCGGAAAAGAAAAUUCUCAGAAAUCAUUGUGGAUGAUAUAGUAGACAUCAAAAGAGAAACAGAUGUGCCUUUGUCUGAUCCUCAAGAUCCCAUGUUAAAGCGUAUGGAGGAUCGAUUUCAUGAUUUAAAAGAAAUGUACCAUGCUACACUGAUGACAACCCAUGAAUCCAUGCAGAAGCGUCGCAAACUAUUGUAUGAUUUAUCCAGCACAAUUUAUGAGUUAACACGCUAUGACCAUUUUGAACCCUAUGAUACAUUGUAUUAUACAGAUAGUUCUAAAUCACCUUCUUCUAUUGUCUCUUCAAUCGAAUUUGACCGAGAUCAAGAGCUUUUUGCUGUGGGUGGUGUCACAAAAGAAAUCAAGCUGUUCGACUUUAACAGUAUGCAACACCGAAAUCAGAUCCAUUGUCCAUUAAGGGUCAUGGCUUGUGGACAUAAAAUUAGCUGCUUAAAUUGGUCUCCUUAUCUCAAAUCUCAAUUGGCUUCAUCUGAUUAUGAAGGAUUUAUCAAUAUCUGGGAUGUCACGACUGGACGCAAGACACAGACAUUUGAUGAACACAAGCGUAGGGCAUGGAGUGUAGAUAUCAGUCACUCCAAUCCUACCAUGGUAGCCAGUGGUAGUGAUGAUACGACUGUCAAAGUCUGGUCACUCUCUCAAAACAAGUCAAUCUAUACAUUAGAACAAAAGGGGAAUGUCUGUUGUGCUAAAUUUGCGCCUAAUAAUAGUCACUAUUUGGCUGUAGGUAGUGCAGACCACCAUGUCACUUGUUAUGAUCUAAGAUACCCUUCUAGUCCUGUUUAUGUCUAUAAGGGGCACAAGAAAGCAGUGUCCUAUGUCAAAUGGAUCAAUGAUGAAGAAUUUGUCUCUGCAUCUACAGAUAGCACACUUAAACUCUGGGAUAAAGAAUCCGGACAUUGUGUUCGUACUUUCCAAGGACAUCAGAACGAAAAGAACUUUGUGGGUUUGUCAAUAAACGGAGAUUGGAUUUCUUGUGGAUCAGAAUUAAAUAGACUUUAUACGUAUCACAAGAGAUCAACUUUGCCAGUAGCUACAUUUAAAUUUCCUAGAAUAGGAACAAAGAACAAUGAGGAAGAGGAGGAAGCAGAAGAAGAAGAGGAAGAGUCGCCUAUUUUUGUCAGUUCUGUUUGCUGGAAGAAUGGUACAAACAAGAUCUUGGCCGCAAAUAGUAAAGGCAUGAUUAAAGUACUUGAAAUGAAAUAAUCAUUAUGAAACAUCGUACAGGAGUUGUUAUUUUUAUGUACAUGUAUUAAAUAACAAUGCGCUAUUUUUUUCUUCUCUUU